AUGAAAAAAGCCAUACCUUGCAAAAAACAUCCAAUUUUUUCUACGUAAUGGGUUAGGAUUCUCAAAUAGAAUAUAGAUUUUGGAUGUAUAAAAUGUUUAGAUGAAAUUAAAGAUAAAACACAUAUUCUAUAUUUACCAGAAGUAAAUUAAUAAAUUAUAUAAAUAGGUUAUUUAAAACCCAAGUAUUCUAGUACCUCAUAUUCCAAUUGAAGACAAAUACAAAACCCUAUAUAAAAAUUUGAAUGAAUUCUAAGAGGAAAAUUUAGAAAAAUAUUAUGGAGAAUUGGAAAAAUCACUAAUUAGUUUAUGCGAAUAUUUAAAGAAUUUUAUUUAGAAUGGAAGAACAUGUUUAGAAGAAUUCAAAAAGAAAUGUAAAGAAUCCAGAGACUUACUGUAUUAAGUAUACAAAAGUUCUUAAUUUUUAGUAAUUCAAAAUAGAUUAAAUUUACUAACUAAUUAAAGAAUAUGAAUUCUAAGAAAAUGAAGAUAUUUAGAAUUAAAUAGAAAAAAAAUUAAAUGAUAUAAGAGAAAAAGUGAAUGAAGAUUUGAUGAAAGAAUAAAGUAGCAAGAUUAAAAAGAUAUCUGAUGAAACAUUAUUAUCAAUAUCUAAGUAAAUACUUAAAAAAUUUUAGAUUAAAUUUAAAUUUUAAUAAAUAAAUCAAUUAAAUAUCAGAUUAAAUCAAUAAAAAUGCAUAAGAGUUACAGAGAUACUUCAGUCAAUCAUUUAUUUCUAUAUAUAAACCAGAUUUAAAAUUAGUUAUUUAUAACAGAGACGAAUAGUAAUACCGUAAUAUAUAAAUUCAAAGCUGUUAAGACUUUGUUUAGAUAGAAAGAUACGGUUUUGGGUUUGCAGCAUAAAAUUUCCCUUAUUAUAGUUCAAGGAUUUUACCACAAUAUUAUUUUGAAUACAUUUUACAAUAAGAUACUUUUUAGUAAAAUCUGUUUUCAAAUUCCUAUCUUACUUUGAAAGGCUACAAUAUAUUUGAGCCAAAAAAUUAAGAAAUUGUAAAUGGAUAACAAUUUUGGAACUAGGAUUCCAAACUAAAAAGUAAGAAUUGGUAAAUUAAUGCUAAAUUAAUGAUAUUUAAAUCUAAUAAUAAGGGAAACCCUAUUUUUGGUUAUUUCGUAUCCAAUGAAAUAGAAUUCAUUUUUUCAUAUACUCAUAAUGAAAUUUAUCAUAACAAAUAAAUAAAAUAAAAAAGGCAAAACGGUUUAAUAAUUAAUCCUAUAUAAUAAUAAUAAGCCAAAAAUUAAAUAGAUAGUUUUAUAGUAGGGAAUUAUGAUAUGGAAAUACAUGCUAAUUUGAUUGAUGGAAAAUCAAUAUUGGGUCAGGAAUUCAUAUGGGAUAGCUAAAAUAAUGAAAUAGAUAAUACUGAAUAUUUGUUUGGAGGAGCUAAGCCAAAUAUUCAGCUAUGUGAAGUAUUUUAUUUUUGA